AUGGGGAACGUUUUUGAAAAGCUGUUUAAAAGUCUGUUUGGGAAAAAAGAGAUGCGGAUUCUUAUGGUGGGUUUGGAUGCAGCUGGAAAAACCACCAUCCUGUAUAAACUGAAGCUGGGAGAGAUUGUGACUACCAUCCCGACAAUAGGUUUCAAUGUGGAGACAGUAGAAUAUAAAAAUAUCAGCUUCACAGUCUGGGAUGUCGGUGGCCAGGACAAAAUCAGACCUUUAUGGCGACAUUAUUUCCAGAACACCCAAGGUAAAAACGAUCAAGUCUUUUGCAUCUCCAGUUCUGACUAUCAGAGAAAGAGGGAGGUGAGAGAGGACCUGCCCAAUGCUAUGAAUGCAGCGGAGAUAACAGACAAGCUCGGCUUACAUUCCCUCCGCCAGAGAAACUGGUACAUUCAGGCUACUUGUGCCACCAGUGGAGAUGGGCUUUACGAAGGCCUGGACUGGCUCUCCAACCAGCUCAAAAACCAGAAGUGA